UUUUCUUUUUUCAUUUCAUUUUUUUGUUGUUUUAAUCGAGAGCUUCUGAUCCUAAAAAUAAUAAAUGGGGGAUUACGGGUUUGGAGUGCUCGUGCAAAGCAAUACUGGAAACAAGUCUGCUUUUCCAGUGAGAUUCCACCCCCAUCUCCAGCCUCCACACCACCACCAAAAUGCCACCCCCAGUCCUGCUGCUUUCAUCAAUAAUAACACAGCUGCCAAUGGCACCAGUGCAGGGUCGGCUUGGCUCUUUCCUGCCCCUGCUACCCAUAACAUUCAGGAUGAGAUCUUGGGGUCCGACAAAGCCAAAAGCCAGCCCCCCGAGCAGCCAGACCCUUUAGAAAAGCAGCCUCUCUCGCCUAGCCCAGGUCAAGAAGCUGGCAUCUUGCCCGAAACCGAGAAGGCAAAAGCUGAAGAGAAUCCGGGGGACAAUUCCUCAGAAAAUGGCAACGGAAAGGAGAAGAUCAGGAUCGAGUCCCCCGUGCUGACCGGGUUUGACUACCAAGAAGCCACCGGGCUGGGCACUUCUACACAGCCUUUGACAUCGACUGCUUCGUCUCUGACAGGCUUCAGCAACUGGUCUGCGGCCAUCGCGCCUUCUUCCUCAACCAUCAUCAACGAAGACGCCAGUUUCUUCCACCAGGGAGGGGUCCCCACAGCUUCGGCGAAUAAUGGUGCUCUGCUGUUCCAAAAUUUCCCCCAUCACGUCAGCCCCGGCUUUGGAGGCAGCUUCUCCCCCCAGAUCGGGCCUCUGUCUCAGCACCACCCUCAUCACCCCCAUUUCCAGCACCAUCACAGCCAGCAUCAACAGCAGAGGAGGUCCCCUGCCAGCCCCCACCCCCCACCUUUCACGCACAGAAACGCUGCUUUUAACCAGCUGCCGCAUUUGGCCAAUAAUCUCAACAAGCCCCCCUCACCCUGGAGCAGCUACCAGAGCCCCUCUCCGACUCCGUCUUCCUCCUGGAGCCCUGGAGGGGGUGGCUACGGGGGCUGGGGAGGGUCCCAAGGCCGAGAUCACCGCCGAGGGCUGAAUGGAGGGAUCACGCCUCUCAACUCCAUCUCUCCCUUGAAGAAGAAUUUUGCAAGCAAUCAUAUUCAGCUCCAGAAAUAUGCCCGCCCCAGCUCUGCCUUUGCUCCAAAAUCCUGGAUGGAAGAGAGUUUGAACAGGGCUGACAACAUUUUUCCUUUUCCGGAUCGCCCCAGGACAUUUGACAUGCACUCGUUGGAGAGUUCACUCAUUGAUAUCAUGAGAGCGGAGAAUGACUCCAUUAAAGGUCGUCUAAACUAUUCAUACCCAGGAUCCGAUAGCUCUCUGCUUAUUAAUGCAAGGACAUAUGGGCGCAGGAGAGGUCAGUCAUCCCUGUUCCCAAUGGAAGAUGGAUUCUUGGAUGAUGGUCGUGGGGAUCAACCGCUUCAUAGUGGCUUGGGGUCACCUCACUGCUUCACUCAUCAAAAUGGAGAAAGGGUGGAACGCUAUUCUCGCAAGGUGUUUGUGGGCGGUUUACCUCCUGACAUUGAUGAAGAUGAGAUCACAGCUAGCUUUCGUCGAUUUGGCCCUUUGAUUGUGGACUGGCCCCACAAAGCGGAGAGCAAAUCCUACUUUCCUCCUAAAGGCUAUGCAUUCCUGCUAUUUCAAGAUGAAAGUUCAGUCCAAGCUCUCAUUGAUGCAUGUAUUGAGGAAGACGGCAAACUCUACCUGUGUGUCUCCAGUCCCACGAUCAAAGAUAAGCCAGUCCAGAUUCGGCCUUGGAAUCUCAGCGACAGUGACUUUGUAAUGGAUGGUUCCCAACCUCUUGACCCCCGGAAAACUAUAUUUGUUGGUGGUGUACCUCGACCUCUACGAGCUGUGGAGCUGGCCAUGAUCAUGGAUCGACUGUAUGGAGGUGUGUGCUAUGCUGGAAUUGAUACUGACCCCGAGCUAAAAUACCCCAAAGGAGCUGGGCGAGUUGCUUUCUCUAAUCAACAGAGUUACAUAGCUGCUAUCAGCGCCCGCUUUGUUCAGCUGCAGCAUGGAGAGAUAGAUAAACGGGUGGAAGUUAAGCCAUAUGUCCUGGACGACCAGCUGUGUGAUGAGUGUCAGGGGGCUCGCUGCGGAGGAAAGUUUGCUCCGUUUUUCUGUGCUAAUGUCACCUGCCUCCAGUACUAUUGUGAAUAUUGCUGGGCCGCCAUUCAUUCGCGGGCAGGCAGGGAGUUCCACAAGCCCCUGGUGAAGGAAGGUGGUGACCGUCCUCGGCAUAUUUCUUUCCGCUGGAACUAACCGAAGGAGAAGUCCUGUGCUCAUUUUCAGGCCUCCAAAAUCAGCACCCUCUUCUGUUAAUGCUGUCCCUCCUUCCUCACCCUUGCCAUGCUGGCAUGCCCUCUUGGUAACCAUCCAUAACUUAUCAGUAGUAGAAUGCAACAAAUAACCUAUAAUAUAGGUAUUUUGUAGAUUCUCCUGUCCCCAAAACCAAUAGCUAGGAACCCCUUUUAAUUAGGGCCAUCAUGUUGCACCCAAGUUGGGUUCUCUUGUUUUGCUGGAAACCAAGAGAAGCCCAACUUCCAGCAACAUUUUUGCAGAGGAGAGACAGAGAAUUAUUGAAAGAGAAAUGAAACAAUAGAGUAUUUUGGGUUUUUUAAUUAAAUUAUUGUUAAUAAUAUAACAUAGAAGAAUACUUUUAUUAAAAUAGCCUUGCACCAAGAACACUAUCAUUCUAUCCUGACACAAUCCUGCCCCCCCCCCCCAAGGAACUGCUUUUUUUUUUCUUUUUUUCUUUUUUUUUCUGUUCUUUCAUCAUCUUUCUGACCUCUCUCUUAACUACUCCACCUCCCUUUGUAUUCUUUUCACGGCAGUGGAGGAAGUUAACAAUUAUUAACAGGAAAACGCAUAUUUAAUACAUGAGCAAGAGUGAAGCAACAUUCUAAGGACUCUGAAGGUUUUUUUUUUGGAGGCUGAAUAGUGUUCCUUCUGGCCUCCCAAGAUACUACCACCUCUGAAAAGAAAAGAACUAAAUAGGAACAUAAGCAGAGCUGGGUUUACUUUCUCUUUAAACCAUGUUGUAAAUGUAGAAUGUAAAAAUAUAGUAAUAAUAAAAUAAAAGGGGGUGAAUUUACUACUGAAUAAGGUGGACAGUAGUAUUACUGUAUUACUGAUUCCUUUUGAAACUUACUUAUUGGGUCACAGCCCCAAGAAAACCUACCAAAGCUAGAAUUCACGCCAGCUGGUGGGAAAACAAGCAUUUCCUCUCCCUAAGAACAAAUGCAGAUUUUUAUUUUCGGUGUGCUCUAGGAACUCUGUAGCCGAAUUUACAUAGUAACACUCAUCUGCUGACAGCCUUUGCUCUCCAUUUUGACAUUACAAAGGAAAAGAAAACCGAGCUAGAGAUACCUCAAAGAUGAAUCAAUUUUGAUUUUGUUCACAAAACAAAACUGAGAUACCAAUUGGCUAUUAAUUUGCUUACUUUUUUUCUGAUUUCAAGUCACUUUGGGGAAUCCUGUAAUUUAGUUGUAACAUAGCAAAUGAAAAAAAAUUUUUAAAAAUGUUAAGUAGUUGCAAAGUGUUUUGCACUGUUGAACUAAGUAACUGUGUAAAUCUGUGCAAAGGUACGUAUGUUUAUCUUACUCUUCCUAUAAAAUAAGAGAACAUUACAGUUUCAGAACUUAGCAUGGGACAUAGACAGUGUUUGAAGUGCCAACUUCACCAAGUAAUGCAUGUUUUAUUAUAAAUAAAAUUCUAGCUUGGACAGGCGUUAUUAUGUGUUGAACAGUAUGCUUCAGGAGUGAAUUUUAAAAUAGUCUCUUGAAGCUCUGGUCAUGGAAAAUAACCAUUCUUUUCAUUGACAUUCUCUUACUCAAAUGCCCCAUCCACCAGGAAAAGGAUUAUAAGUGGUGUGCAACCCCCCACCCAAAAAAAAAAAAAAAAAACAAUAAAAACUCCAGUGGCACUCUUGCUAGGUGUCCUACCUGCCUGCACCAACCAAAGACUCACCCCAGCACCACCCAGGAACUGCCUGGCCAAUGCCCUCGCCCUGAUUGACUUCACUCUGGGCAGAGCAGACUUUUAAUGAAUCACAGGCUUUAAUGAACUCCAUCCCAGUUUCGUUCCAAAGGUCAAAAUGGAGACAUUUGCUGUCCAGUCAUCCAGCUUAGCAAGGGAGCUGCUUUUUAUCCCUGGGAAUCCCUGCAAAUGUUCAAAGUUAGUCCUAUGGGACUGGGCAGGGGCGAGGGGAGGCAAUUUCCUCUGUGUAGCUGGUCAGGAAUCUUUUUUUUUUUUCCUUUCCUUUCUGAACUCUAUUCCUUCUCACUGGAGUGUUCAUUUGCCUCUUUUUUAUUCUUUGCGAUGCUUGUAGGUGGUUUGGGGUGUGCUAUUGUGCUGGGCCUACGCAGUGAACAGGUGUGUGGAGUUAACCAGAAAUAACACUGAGAACUAGCUUUGAAUAAUCAUUUCUCCCUUUGUACAUGACCUGCUGAAUUUCGGUACAGUGUUUUUGUAGCUAACUUAUUUUGUCAUGCACAUAAUGUAUAUUUGUUAUGCACUACUUUUGUAUAUCUUGUUUUUCCAACAGUGAACAUUUUUAGGCACACUUUUCACUGACGGGAUAUCUCUUUAUGCAAUACCUCAAUUUUUCAUAUUGCAAAGAGUAGCUUUUUGUACUUUUAUUACUGAGAGAUCUUCAUAUACUUCAUUUUUUAAUAUAAAUAAUUUUAAUAAAUUUUAUUUUCUUAUAUUCUGCUUUUUAUACAUUUCAGUGCUCUGCAUACAUUUUAAAUUAUGGAUGUCGUGCACUGGCAAUGCUAUUUUAGGAUCUGCAGAGAAGAGAAAGCAUGUUGCUUCAUUCUUCCCCAGCACCACUCUCGGUGUCCCUAGCAUUUAAGAAAUAGUCUUAUGUGAAGUCACAAAUUAAUGAGGAAAAAACAAAUUCACAUGAAAAUGACAGAUAACACUGUACUUCCUAAGCAAAAGCAAAAUACACACAUACACAUACACAUACACACACACACACACACACACACACAGAAAACCAAGGGAAAAAUGCAUAAUAAGCCUAGGGUAGAAAUUUAAAAGAACAAAAUUAUCUACAGCUUCUUACUAGGUUUUUAAAAUGAUUCAUAAUGCAGACAUUUUUGGUGAAUGUUUAGCCAUUUUUAAUAUUAAUAAAUUGAUGUUAAGUGUUUAAUUUCAAGAUGUCUGCCCUUUUAAAUUAUAUAGAAAGAAAAAAAAAAGCCUGCCGUGGGACAGGUGUGUGAUGUUAGUAUGCAUGACUAAUGUAAGAAAUUGUUAUUCUACUAAUAUUUACUCGUGAUUGUGUGGCAAGCGUGUUUACAGAUUAUUUGAUUACACUUCAAUUUACAGGGCAUAAACAAUUAUUAUCUAUUACUCUGAACUUUGAUUGAUUACAUGUCCUUCAAAUUACAUGGGAUUAUUGUGGGGAGUUACCAUGUAACUCCAAACAUAAGUAACAUGUAAUUAGUUUACAGAUUUUAGGGUAUCACUUCAAUUUCCCAAGCAUGUGGUUCGAGCACACUAGCAUGGCACUAGCCAUGUACUUACAAUGUAGUUACAGAGUAAUUACAUGGUUAUUUUUGCAAUGUAAAAUAAAGUGUUUCUGAUUAUUUUCUAUGUAAAAGAGCCCUUUCCUCUUCCUUCCUUCCUUCCUUCUGCCCUCCCAACCCCUGCUUUGGUAUAAUAUAUAUACUUCUCCAUACACAGAGCUCUGCAGAAUGCAAAUAAAACUUGCAGUGAAUGAAUUUCGCAUUUUAUGAGAGUGCUGUUGGAAAGACUUGAUUGAUAAUUCACCCCUUUUGUUUCGAAGAGUUGAAUCUUCUGUUCAAAGGUGAUUUAAAACUUGAAUGUGAUGAAUUGUGGCAAGUUAACUUCAAGUUAUGUGCAAUACUUAUUUUAAACUUUUGAAAGAUCUUUGCAGUGUGAUUCUUUGUUUUUAAUUGCAGACAUUUAAAAAUGUCAUUUUCUACUGUUAAGAGUAAUCCUCUUUCUUGCUGGUGUUUCUAAAGAAAUGAAUCAGAAAUCAAUCUUUCUACUAAUGUAAAUUUGAGAUUAUUUUUAAAAAUGGAAUAAAAGAGGUUUUGGUCAUUUGCUUUAUUUUAUUAUCUUAUUUUAAAGCUACUGUGAUUGAUAGCAUUGUAAGAAUUGGGACAAUAUUGUAUUCAACUGUUUAUUUUUUAUAUUUUUAAAAUUUAAAGUAUAAUUAGUUUUUAUAAUUUUCAUCAGAUUUUUGUUAUAUUUUUUGGAAGUGAAACUUUUAGCCAGUGGAUGUCUAGUUUCUACUAAUCCCUAAUGUUUUUUUCCCCAGUGUAUUGCUCAUAUUAUCAGAAGGAAAAGUUAUUUAAGUUUGUCAGUUAAUUGUACUACUUGGCUGAAUUUCCAUAUAGUUUUUACUGUGUAUGGGGAGGUUGUAGUAUUUAUUAUAGCAUUUUAAAUAAGGGUAACUCAUUUUUUAUUAAAGUCAUUUUCACCUUAAGUUCCUAUUUUUGUAUGUUCUACUCUUAAGUUAUAUAACACAGUUCCUUUUUUAAAAGAGUUCAUUUGUUGAAGUGCUAGUGGAAAAUUAAUGUUAUUAAAUAGUUUGCAAAUGACUAUUUAUACCAGUAUGCAUAUAAUUUUUAAAUAUUUGUAAUGUGAGAUGUUGAAUGAAUAAAACUUUUAACUCUG